AUGGAUAAAAUUUUGAGGUUUAAUUCUCAACGAAGGAUUGAUUAUUAUGGACUGGCUGGUGAUAUUGAUUUUUCAAAAAUUAAAGGAGACACAAAACUAACUAGUUUAUCUACUACUGCAAAAUAUAUCAAAAAUGUUAAUGAAUUUUGUGAGGUUUUCGGUAUUAAAUUUAAAUGUGGUUUUAAUUUGGAUUCUUUGGAUCUUUCGGGUUUGAACUUCAAUCUUUCAGGAAGUUCCAUUACAUCAGCUUCGAUUAUGAUUGCCAUAUGCGCUGAAGUGGAAGUAGAGGACAAUGAAACUGCUUGCAGAAACAAUUUAAACCUGACCUCAGACUUAUUAAACUUUGCAAAGCAAUGCAAGAAUCCGAUAGAUUUCACUAAAAUGUAUGGCAAUGGAUUCAUCUCCAGAGUCUAUAAGGGUGGCAUAUUUCGUGGACUAGUAGUAUUUAGAAACACUAGCAUAAAUCAAACGAGUGAUAUAAAAAGUAAGAUCGGAUUAAUGAAUCAAUUUCUUUCUGGUAUGAGCGAGGCAGAAUUAGAAAGCUCAAUCAAAGAUCUAUUUAGUACCACUGAGUGGGACGUGCAUUUAAGCGUCAUUGGUGGUGAUUUAGAGUUUGACCUUAAUAGAUUAGAUUUGAUAACAUUACUUAAAAAAGCCAUGGAAUUUAAAAGAGAAGUUUUGAAAAACCCAGUAAAAACAUAUGUUGAUGUUAUUCCCUACGAAGAAAUGCCAGAAUUUAUGGGAUUAGAUAAUAAAGUUUUAAAAUAUGAUAUAGACUUAAUUACGAAUGCUAUGAAAGCGAUAAACCUUAUCUGUGAAUAUAGUCAAUUAUCAAAUGAUAUCGAGGAAGCAAAUUACUAUAUUGAAAGUAGAGUUUACCCUCAGUUUAAAGAGUUCGAAAAAAAUGUGGAAAAUGAAAAAAAAGAGCUCAUAAAAUUUAUUCAAGGCGCAAAAUUUGAUCCAAAUAUUAAAUUUCCAGAUCAUGAUGUCAGAAUGAUGCGAUCGAGAUUGAAAGAAUUAAUAGAACAAAUAAACCUAUCCAUUCAUCAACUAAAUUAUUUUACUACGAAAUAUUUAUUAAUUCGAGUAAUGACUGCAGGCAUUGGUAUGAGUAAAGAAUACGUUGGUGCUGAUAAAAUGCCUGGUGUGUCCAUUCUUUUGGAUAUUAUGGUUGUGGAAGUUUAUAUCACCGAGGAUGGAAAAUUGGAUCUUUGGUCAGAUUCAAAGCUGGGGAUACUAUUGGAUUCGGAUAUAAUUUUAGCAGUAGCAAAUAUUUCAUUACAAGAAAUGUAA